AUGGCAGACUGUUCAGGUGGAGGCGGCUUCAGUGGAGGUGGCGGUGGCGGUGGUGAUGGAGGCGGCUUCAGUGGCGGCGGCGGCUUCAAUGGAGGCGGCUUUAGCGGCAGUGAUGCUGGGGCUUCGGCUGCUGCUGCAUCAGCAGCUGCGUUCAUGCAACAGCAACAAUUCGCCCAGCAACAACCGUUCCAUGCAUUUACUCGAAACCGCCAGGAAAGAGCUAAGAAAAGGACUUCCGAACCUCAAAGCACACGAGCGGUGGCUAACCCAUCCAGGUACAAUCCAACACCCUCACGGAAUCAUGCAGCAGCGGCACCAGCAGCACCUUCAGCACGAACAGCAGCAACGGCAGCCAACGAGGAAGCGCAAUGGUCGUUGAAGGACAUCUUGUGGCAAGGGCGCGAAUGCAAGAUCAUCACCCAGAAUCACAACGGGCCCUGCUCGCUCAUCGCGCUCUGCAACAUUCUUUUGUUGAGAGGCGAGCUCGAGAUCACACCCCCCGAUCGACCUGUCGUCAGUUACAGUUAUCUGAGUCAGCUGCUUGCCGAGCAUCUGCUCUCCAAAGUGUCCAACGAGGGAUUUGGCGGUGAAGAACUCGAAGCUGCGCUCAGCACACUGCCUCGAACGCAGUACGGCUUGGACGUGGACGUAGGCUUUGGCUCGAUCACCUCGUUUGCUGCCACACCUGGCAACGAUGGAGGCGCGGGGGAGCUGGCGUUGUUCCGGCUAUGCGGUGUGCAGCUGGUGCACGGCUGGCUCCCCGAUCCUGCAGAUGCAGAGACUUAUCAAGCAGUGCAGGCGGCAGGCAGCUACAAUAAGGCAACCGAUGUGGUGGUCCGGGGAGACGAGAUUGCCGAUGGCGCCGUCGUGCGCGAUCGCGGAGUCGGGGCCCUCGCAGCCACGCUGGCAAGCCAAUCUACCAGCUCUUCGAAUGGCAAGCAACCGGAACGACAGGCCUGGACCGACGAACAGAGCGCUACGGUGCGCCAUGCUCUCGCACUGCAAUCGUUCCUCGAUACACAAUCUACACAGCUCACUUACCACGGCCUGUUCGUGCUUGCCCAGGAAAUACCCGCCGGCCAGCCUGUAGCGCUAUUCCGAAACUCGCACCUGUCAGUGCUGUAUAGGCGGAUGCCCCACGAGGGCGUGGAUGCAGCAGCGGCCGAGGUGGCAUCGGCAUCUAUGCCGCCAACUCUGUUCACACUGGCAACCGAUGCUAGCUUCUUGAUGGCGGACGAGAUUGUUUGGGAGAGUCUGGUAGAUGUGGAUGGUGCGAGCAGCGAGUUUUACGACGGAAAGUUCCACAAGUCGACGCUGCGUCAAGGGGAUUACGUAGGACAGGAUGUGAAUGGGAUCGGAGGAGCAAGUGAGGGCCAAGGGGGUGUGCACCAGCAUAACGAGGAUGCAGAUUAUGCCUUGGCGAUGCAGAUCUACCAAAAUGACCAGGAACGACUGGAUCGUCGCGAGCAGAGGAGGAGGAGCAGACAACCGCAGCAGAACAGAACACAGCCGAGAGGGGCGCAAGCGCCGCUCUCCGCUGCGCCGCCUGCACCCCGGGCUCAACCGGUGUUCGAGACGCCCAGCGAGGUCUUCACCACCAUGCGAUACGAAGCAGAACCGAGCAGCGAGGAGGGCGAUGCAUUGGUGGUGUCGAGUCUGAUUCCGGCCCGGCUGCAGGACGAGCAUGCCGAGCUGCUGAGCGGAUUGCGAAGUAUGUCCCUGGGAGGUGCGCAGACGGCCAAGACCACGGCGAAUCAUUCGACCAACCCGUUCCUGAAAGCAGCCGACACGGGAUCAGGAGCAGCCGCGACGAGCACGUCGACCAACCCAUUCCUCGUGGACACCAGCACUCCGGUCAAGCAUCGACUGUACCGGCACAUUCCGUUGUUAGAGCAACACAUAGAGCGGCUCAACAAGUCUGCGGGUGCCAUCUGCCGUGCCUACUCUGCGGUGUGGUCGAUGCCGCUGCUGGAGCAGGAAAGGUCGCUGGAGCCGCAAAGCAUCCUGGCCGCCAUCGAAACAAGCCUUGCAUCCAGUGCGAACAGCAGCGAUGACUCGCAAGAACAAGUCAUGGGUAUCAGAGUGGCCAUUCGCAAGGACGGAUCGAUCAGGGUAACGCACCGCUCGGUCACGCCUUUCCCAAGUACUCUGGCUGAUGCAAGUGACACUGCUGCAUGUGCGCCAAGCGUGCGCUUCGACUUUAUGCCGACGCGCGUUCGGGCGAUGGAUCUGGAACCGGUGGUGUUCAACAAGACGGACGCGCGAGGGUUCUACGAGGCGGCCAAGCAGCGGGUGGGGGCAGAUGUUAGUGCGCUGAGCGGGGUGCGUGAGGCGGACGACAGAUGCUUUGACGUGGUGCUGUGGAAUGACGAGCAGACCGAGGCGUUGGAAGAGCCGAGUGCGACUGCGCCGCCCAAGAGACUGGUGACCGAGACGAGUGUGGCCAAUGUGCUCGUCGAGUACGUUGCGCAUGGAGGAGGCCAAUCACGCUUUGUGACGCCACGAACAUCGACGGGCAUGUUGGACGGCCUGCUGCGACGAUGGCUGGUCAACAACGGAUUGGUCGAGGAAGAAGAUGUCGAGCUCGACGAGCUUGUUGGGCGGAUACGCCAAGGAACCGCGCAGAUCUGGCUCUGCAACUCGCUGCGUGGCGUGUGGAAGGUUGAUCUUGCAGACCCGCCCCGGUACGGCGCUCCUGGCAGUGGCGCAGACGUAAAUGGAGCAGGACGGGUAAAAAAGACCCGCUUCUCUUCGUUUAUCAAAGGUGGCUCACGUACAGACUCGCGCAAUGCAGCAUCUGCACCUACAGCGCCUUCAGCAUCUCCAGCAGAACAGCGACCGCCCGCAGAGGCAGUACACGAUCAGGUGAUUGACGACCUGUAUGGACACAGGCAGGGAACAAGCAGCAGCAGCAGCAAGGUGAAAGGCAGGAAGGGCAAGAAAGGAAAGGACGACAAGAAGGACUGCAUCAUCAUGUGA